GGAUUAAUUAAACACAUGCUUGAGUUUAUAUAUACUGCUCCUUUUGUCUCUGCAUCAAAACAAAGCCAGAACCCAGAAGGCAACAUAUCUAUAUUCUUCCGAAUGGAGUUGUGCGGAAAUCUUAGAUGCCAUAUAAUGGAGAUAAUCUCAGUGCUUGUAGUGCUGGGGCUAUUGAGCACGAAAGGAGCAGAGUGCAGGAGAGCAAGGAUUCUAGAUUCUUUCCAAUACUCUGCAAUGAGUUGCAGAGUACACAGUGCUUCGUUGACAGAUUACGGAGGAGUGGGCGACGGACAGACUUUGAACACAAAGGCCUUCCAGUCAGCAAUCGAUCAUCUGAGCCAAUUCGCUUCGGACGGCGGUGCCCAGCUGUUCGUUCCCCCGGGACGAUGGUUAACCGGAAGCUUCAAUCUCACCAGCCAUUUCACCCUUUUCCUCCACAGAGACGCCGUCUUGCUAGCAUCUCAGGACGUGAGCCAAUGGCCAGUGAUCGAGCCCUUGCCAUCAUACGGUAGAGGGAGAGAUACAGCCGGUGGAAGGUACGUCAGCUUAAUCUUCGGAACCAACCUCACCGACGUUGUAAUUACAGGGGAUAAUGGCACGAUAGACGGCCAGGGUGCUCUCUGGUGGCAGAAAUUCCACAAGGGCCAGCUUAAGUACACCCGGCCCUACCUGAUCGAAAUCAUGUUCUCCGAUCAGGUUCAGAUCUCCAAUCUCAUGCUGGUGAAUUCCCCAUCAUGGAACGUCCAUCCCGUCUAUAGCAGCAACGUUCUGGUCCAAGGCAUCACCAUCAUAGCCCCCGUUACAUCUCCAAACACCGAUGGCAUCAACCCAGAUUCAUCCACAAACGUCCGAAUUGAAGAUUGCUACAUAGUGUCUGGGGAUGACUGUGUGGCCGUGAAAAGCGGGUGGGACGAGUAUGGAAUCGCCUUUGGGAUGCCGACCAAAGGAUUAGUGAUCAGACGGCUGACAUGCAUUUCGCCCGACAGUGCCGUGAUCGCACUGGGAAGUGAGAUGUCCGGUGGGAUAGAGGACGUGAGGGCCGAAGACAUUUUGGCCAUCAAUUCGGAAUCCGGAGUCCGCAUCAAGACAGCAGUAGGGAGGGGAGGGUACGUGAAAGAUGUAUACGUGAGGGGAAUGACGAUGAAAACCAUGAAGUGGGCCUUCUGGAUGACGGGCAAUUAUGGGUCCCAUCCCGACAACAAGUACGACCCCAACGCGCUUCCCGUGAUCAACGGAAUCAAUUACCGGGACAUGGUGGCGGAGAACGUCACAAUGGCCGCCAGGUUGGAGGGAAUUGCCGGAGAUCAGUUCACCGGAAUUUGCAUAUCAAAUGUGACGAUCGGGCUGGCGCAUAAGGCGAAGAAGGUGCCGUGGACAUGCAGCGAUAUCGAAGGGAUCACAAGCGGCGUGACGCCUGCGCCCUGUGCUCUGUUGCCGGAUCAGGCACCCCAGGGGCUCACCAGUUGCGCUUUCCCCACCGACAGCCUGCCCAUCGAUACUGUUCAACUGCAGACCUGCUCUUACGCGAUGAAGUACCUAUAAUUAAUAGUACCAGUCCUAGAUGUGUCCUAUAAUUUACUAGUAUUUGUUCUCUUUUGUAUCAGCUCAACAGAGCUUUAUGUAAUAUGCAGUGGAUUUAGAAGUUCAAUAUACACUGAAUCAAUUAGCAACACCUUAACAAAGUUGCAUACUUAAAGCUGA